AAUGCAAGGCAUAAUCAUCACUCAGUCAUCCUCCAAAAGAGCUCCAGAAGAGAUGAGCAUCUGGCUCGCAGUUCCACCACCGUCGCCGGCAGCGAGACCCCGACUUCUUUGCAAUUCAAGACUCAAUUGCAUCAGUUGGCUCGACAGGACUUUGGUCGGCGCUUUUUCCGGUGUUCUCUCGUUCGGACUCUUGGUCUCCUCGCCGUCUGCCAUUGCAUUCGAAACUCCUUCCCUUCAAACCUCGAUUUCUCCUCCUCUUACUUCUUCUGAAAUUUGCCGUGAAUUUGAGCCAGAAGACAGGGCUGACACGGGUCCAGAGGUAGUGACUAAUGAGGGAAUUGUUGAGGAAGCUUGGAAAAUUGUCAAUGAUAGCUUUCUUGAUGCUGGUGGUCGUCGCUGGUCGCAAGAGAGUUGGCAGCAAAAGAGGGGGGAUAUCUUGAUCAAUUCCAUUCAGACGAGAUCAAAAGCUCAUCAGAUAAUAAAGAGAAUGCUUGCCAGUUUAGGUGAUCCCUAUACGCGGUUUCUUUCCCCUGAGGAGUUCUCGAAGAUGGCGAGGUAUGACAUGACUGGUAUUGGAAUAAACCUUAGGGAAGUUCCAGAUGAAAAUGGAAUUAUCAGAAUGAAGGUGCUAGGAAUUAUACUGGAUGGCCCUGCUCAUUCUGCUGGUGUGAGACAGGGGGAUGAAAUCUUAGCUGUCAAUGGUGUUGAGGUUCAGGGGAAAUCAGCAUUUGAAGUUUCGUCUUUGUUGCAGGGCCCUAAUGAAACAUUUGUGACUAUUCAGGUCAAGCAUGGCAACUGUGGGCCUACAGAAUCAAUAGAAGUACAGCGGCAACUUGUUGCUAGAACACCAGUCUUUUAUCGGCUGGAACAAGCAGAUGGUGAUACUACUCCUGCGGGGUACAUACGCCUUAAAGAGUUCAAUGCAUUAGCGAGGAAAGAUUUAGUCAUUGCAAUGAAGAGACUACAAGAUAUGGGUGCUUCAUAUUUUAUUUUGGAUCUUAGAGAUAAUCUUGGAGGACUAGUACAGGCUGGGAUUGAAAUUGCCAAGCUCUUCCUUGGAGAAGGGGACACGGUCAUCUACACUGUUGGUAGAGAUUCGCAGUUCCAAAAGGCUAUUGUUGCUGAUGCUUCACCAUUGGUUCAAGCUCCUGUUAUUGUUUUAGUGAAUGAUAAAACGGCUAGUGCAAGUGAAAUAGUUGCUUCUGCAUUACAUGAUAAUUGUAGAGCUGUUCUUGUGGGACAACGCACGUAUGGCAAGGGUUUGAUCCAAUCAGUAUUUGAACUGCGUGAUGGAUCCGGUGUGGUUGUCACAGUUGGCAAGUAUGUAACACCAAAUCACAAGGACAUAAAUGGCAAUGGGAUAGAGCCUGAUUUCCAGAAACUUCCAGCGUUGGAUGAUGUCAGCAAACGGCUUUCGAACUGCACUAUGCUUCAGCAAGGAUGAAAUAGUCCAUAGUGGUAUUCCAGGUUUUAUUACUAUUACUAGACUAUACAUGGAGCAGCCUGCCGAACUGGCAUUUGACAAACAGCUGGCCUCAAUGCCCAAAAUGAGUGGACAAUGGAACGCUUUGGAAUAAUGGCAUCAUCGAGAUCAAACUGGAUGGUUGGUGAAAAGCAAGGUGUACAGGAACCAUAAAGGGGAGUUGAAUCCGAUAGGCCUGGCCUGCAGAACAGACGCAGCUUGUGAUUACGACUUCACACAGGAAACGUUACUACAAUUUUUUAACCUUUCAAAACUUGGGAUCUUCUGUUUCUUUUGUAAAAUCUCUCAUUUUUUCUCUUGAUGAGAGUGUAUCAUAGCCUUGGUUUCAUUGUUUGAGGGUAUACAGGAGCAAAAUCUCACUACCUUGUCAAGAGAGUAGUUAAUGAAAUGCAGAUUUUACCAGUUUAGGGGUUGUAUACUGUGCUUUUUUACGCUUCCUCCACCAUGUUAGCAAGGCAACUAAUGAGAUGCUUGCUCACAUGGCAUUAACUAAAAUUUACUGAUCAGUUCUA